AUGCACUUCAAUGCUAUUUCUUCCAAGACAGCAGUUACUAGCGUGCUGUUCGCAUGGCUGAUGUCUCAGAGAGUCAAGGCUGGCCUAAACGGCCUAUGUCCACCAAUGGGGCCUGUCCUUCCGCCGGCCACGAGCCUUCGUACAGACCCGGGAUUUGACCCUGCAGCAAUUACACUGACAACGAAACUUCAAGAAUUAACAUCCGGAUUUAACUACUCAGCCGUGUCGCUGGGUGUCAUGUCUAUCCACGAGGCAACUCCAAUGUUCGAAUUUCACCACUCUCCGCAAAACUUCGAUCCUAGGGGUGUCUCGGAGGUUAACUCAGACACUAUUUACCGGCUAGCGAGUAUGACAAAGCUAUUCACCAUCUUGGGCCUGUUGAAGACCGAAAAGGUCAACCUCGAGGAUCCCAUCACUAAGUAUCUUCCUGAACUUCGCGAUAUCCAUAAGGAGGCAGCUUUACAGGACGCAAUCCAUGUUGUCGACUGGGAUAGUAUUACGCUAGAAGCCUUGGCUGCACAUCAAAGCGGAAUAGGCGCCGACUUGACAGUAGACAUUGCAAACUUCCCAGGUGAUUGGACGGCGAAAGGCUUUCUACCAGCUGAUAACAAGACACGGCUUCAAUGCUCCGGCUUUUUUGGACAAAGACCCUGCAACAGAAAAGGUACCAUCUGGCCUGGUCGCCAAAUCUCAGCUACAAAGGAUUGUCCAAUGCUAAAAUUCAAGGUAGAUUUUUUUGAAAACUUUGGCAAACGCCCGCCAGUGCACGCGCCAUUUGAAACGCCGCUUUAUUCGAAUAUCGGAACGACUCUACUAGGACUCGUCAUCGAAACUGUCACUAACCAGACAUACGAGGACUGGAUUCAGCAUACUAUCAUAAAUCCAAUCAGAAUGAAUCAAACAUUUCUAGCAACCCCUGAAGAUUCGUUGGGUUUCAUCUCUGUCAACGCCACCGAUUGGGCCGUUGAGCUUGGUGUUGAGGCACCCACUGGGGCGAUUUACUCUACGACGUCAGAUCUUAUGGCUUUCGGCAAAGCAAUUCUAAGCUACGAAAUGCUUUCCCCUAUAAGAACUCGCAAGUGGAUGAAACCUCUGGCGUCGACUUCUUCCAUUAGCACCCUCAUCGGAGCUCCAUGGGAAAUUUACCGAUCUAGUAAAGUAACCAAAGACGGCCGUUUAAUAGAGUUUUAUACGAAAGCUGGUGAUCUCUUUACGUAUAAUUCUGUUAUCGCUCUGAUUCCAGAUUACGACUUGGUGAUGGUCGCUCUUAUGAGUGGACCUGAGGUUUCUGGCGACACAGCCUACCAAGUGAUUGGAGACGCAGCGACCGCUUUGCUUCCCGUCAUAGAACAAGCUGGUAAGGCCAAAGCUCAGACCCAGUAUGCGGGGACAUAUACCGACUCCUCGACCAACUCGACUCUCACACUAUCCCUCGAUGACAGCCCUGGUUUCAACGUCACAAAAUGGCAAGUUCGUGGAGUGGAUGUUAUUGGAACAUCUUUGCUUGGCGACUCUCCAGUCGUACCGCCACAGGUCCGAUUGUAUCCCUCGGAUCUCUCUACCAGUAGCCAAACAGCGUGGAGGGCUGUGUUUGGCGGCAGUGCCGAUGAUGUCGCUGCGGAGGACGCGCUGUAUCCCUGGGAUCAAUUUAGCUGUAGCUCAUGGGCAUCACUCGACAAACUCGUCUACCAAUUUCAAGGUCAAGAUCUCUUUGUUUUUGAUAUGGUAGAGGAAAAGGGGGGCGAUGCCAGGGCCAGCGCCAUAACUCUUCCGGCUUACCAAGUGAAACUGGCCCGCAUAGCCGAGUAG